UGCUCGCAUUCGUUGGUGAUAGAAGAAUAGGAUGACUAAUUUUUAUGUUUACUGCAAAAAUUGAAGAAAAAUAUCGAAAUAUUGAAGUGUAAAAAAACCAAAACACAGUUAUUCGAUUGAAAAAGUAAUAUCGGUUGCGGUGUAAUUGUGAAGUGCUGCAAAAAUGAAGAAACAAUUCACGAAAAUAAAAAUUGCAGCUGAAAAUUUGGGGAGAUCAAAUAAAUCCGAUUUGAAGGAUUCCGAAUUGGAAAUAAUUGAAAAACAAGUUGACAAGUAUAAAGAUGUACUGGAAAAAAUGGUACGUAAAUUGCCGGGAGCUAGUUCCUCAACCGACACACAGGAUCGUGAUAAACGUAUCAAAAAGAACAGUCACUACAAGAUUGGGCAAGCGCUAGAGGAGUCAUCCAAGGAUCUUUACAAAGAAAUGCCGUUACAUCAUGUCUUAUCUAAUUGUGGCGAACUUGAGAAGUCAAUUGCGGAAUGCAUCGUCGACAAUGAACUGGAGACGGAGAACGAAGUGGUGCGCCGUCUGAAGCAAAUUUUGGAUAAUGAAAUCCAAGAGAUCUCAUCACUCAAACGCAAUGUAUCACGUACAGUGCAGGAGUAUCAGUCACUAAAGCGCAGCUAUGAGGCCGCCAUACGUCUCGACGAGGCACCAGCAAAAAUCAAUCACAUCAAAGACCAACAGGAACAAUGCGAAGUGAAGCUGGAGAAGGAGCGCGACUCGCUCGCCGCACUCAUGUUCGAGUUGAUCACCAAAGAGGACGUCAUCGUCCAAUGCAUACGCGACUAUGUGCUGUACCAGCGUAACUACCACGAGCGUGCACUGCAGAAGGUSAAYUCAUCKCUCGCCUCCAUACAGGAUAUUAUACAAUCGACAGCGAAAUCGCGCUUCGGCACGUCACUAACCGAGCACCUGGAGUCGACRAAUCGUGAGAUAUCAUACAUUUUAGAGCUCUGCAUUUGCUGCCUCAUCGAGAACGGACUCUAUGAGGAGGGUUUGUUGCGUGUGGGUUGUGCAAGCACAAAAUUGCGACGCAUGAAACAUGCGCUCGAAGCACAAUAUGUGAAGACKCCACUGCCGGUGGAGUAUCAGGAUCCGCAUGUGAUUGGUUCGAUACUCAAGUUGUAUUUGCGUGAAUUGCCGGAACCCUUACUCACCUAUAAAUACUACAAAGACUUUAUUAGCGCGACGGAAUGUGGCAGUGAAGCGGAGCGGAAAGCUGCCAUCAAGGCYACGCUGGCCAAAUUGCCGUCGUCGAAUUAUGCAAAUUUACGCUAUCUGACACGCUUCCUCUGGCUGGUYACACAAAAUGUCGACCAGAACAAAAUGAGCUCGCAGAAUGUGGCGAUUGUAAUGUCRCCGAAUAUGUUGUGGCCGCGUAUGGAUAAAAGCAAUCCGGCCGACUACCUGGGGCAGGUGAACAGUUCAUCGGCUGUGAAUGUGAUUGUGGAACUGUUGAUUAGUCAGUGGGAUUACUUUUUCGAAGGAGAUGUAGACUUUUUUGUGACGUUGUCGCGUAAUAAACUCUUUGUGGAAGGUAAAAGCAAAUCUGGCUCGUCCAAUGAAAAUUUGGACCGGAAUGACACGGAUUCUCUUGAGAGUCCACGUUACGGUACCAUUCGUCGCCAAAAGGCUUGCGCGCCCUCCCCGCCAAGUGCCGCCAAAGUUGUGGAGAAACUCCACACCAAUCAUGAGUCACACCGAAACGGUGUUAAAGAGCUCUUCCCGAAUGCAGCUACAUCGACAACAACAACUACAAUAGCAACCACCACAACGGCAGCUAAUAAUAACUAUAAUAACAAUAAUAAUAAUAAUGGUACUAACAGUAAUAGCACAGAAAAGCCCGAAAAACCGCCAUUACCGAAGCUGACACAUUUCCAACAGCCACUGACACAGCAAAUGCCACCACCAGAGCCACCACAAUCGGCCAAACCGGUGCCCAUGACCCGUACACAAUUUUUCGGUUUGGAUAAUUUACCUUCACCGGUAGCGGAUCGAAAGAGCACCGACAGCAUAGGAUCGCUGGUCUUUAAGCCAGAUUUACCACAAAAACCAAAGAUACCCAAACGCCCAAUGGUGCUGGGCCUAAGCGGCGGUGGUGGCAAAAGUGAUGAUGAGACAACACCGACGCCAACGCAAGCCAACGAAACUGGCAACGGUGGCAGUGUUGGCGCUAACGGUGUUAACAGUGUAACUGUCGGUGGAGGCGGUAUAGUGUCACGCACUACUGAGAAGUUCAUAGAGAAACUACGCAGCGACAAUUGUGAUAACGGCACAGCGACGACAAUGCGUGAAAAUCAACACAAUCAACGGCUACUGAGUGCGGAGCAGAAUGCGAAUAUAAACAACGCUGCUGGCACGGGCAGCCAAAGCAACAGUAACAGCAACAGCAAUCGAAACAGCAUUGCCAGCGUCUACAGCUUCGGCGGCGGCGGUGGUGGCGGUCAUUCGCGUUCAAAUUCGAAUGCGAAUGCCAAUACUUUUGUGCCACCACAGCUACAACAACAACAACAACAGCAAACGGAAACGACGACAGCUGCUGCGGCGUCGUUGACUGCGGCCACAGCGUCGGCGUCGGCAACAUCAACAGUGAGCACGGCACAAGCGCAGACACAAACAUCGGCGCCGAUAACACGCAACACACCCACAACACCCGUUUCGCCGCACAUGAUAUUGACGAAACGGCCCACGGUGCCAGCGCCACCACCGCCCUCGAUGCUGAAAAAGCAAUCAGAUUAAGUGUGCUCAUAACGACAUCGCGUUGUAUGCAUUUGUAGUUGUUUGUAGCGCACACACGCAUACUGACUCAUGUGUAUACACACACACACACACACACACACACAUAUACAAAAACGACACACGAGUAGUAAACUAAGCUGUAAUAAUUGUAGCAAUUUGUAUUAUAAAUAGUGCGUUGCGUUUGCUUUGGCAGUGCAAGAAAUGUUGAAACUGUGUAACGUUGAAAUGUGUUCGAGUACGAAAGAAACAAACAGACCUACGAGUAUUUUUCUAAUAAAAAUUGUAUUUUGGCUAAAUUACAUGUAUGUAUGUAUGUAUUUUUGGCAAUAUAUUUGCAGUAAAUAUG